AUGCCGUGGAUUUUUGUCGCGGUCGUGCGGUUUGGUCGGCCAAACUGCAAUUGGACGAGAAAUCCAGCCGAGGCCGAUCGUUUGCUUCCCGGAUCGACUGUGACGGUCGGUCUGUUCCGACUCAUGAAUCCGGCCAAAUGCGGCCUGUUCCCUUCAUGUCUGUGCGUACUGCGCGGACGGUUUUGUCGCGCUAAGUUCGUUGUUCGGCCGAGCGAGAGCCGUUCCUUCCCGGAUCGACCGGAGAAGAUGGAGACUAGAGGCAUCUUUGAUCCUCCAAUUCUUUUCUCCUUGCAAUUGAUGUGGGAUAAGUUUUACCCAACUAUUAGUAGAUACCGCAAGUGCACGGAUCGUUGGUAG